UUUUGUAAUAAAAAAGAAUGGCAGGAAUCCAACCUUAUGCAUUUGAACCGGAGACCGAGACCGAGUCGGAGGAGGAGAUCUCUGAAGAGGAAGCCGGGGGUCGGAGAAAAAUGGAUGUAUCAGAAUGGUGUACAUGUGGGCAUUGCUGCACUAUGGAGACGGAGGCAGAAAACAUUUGUUGCAGAGAGGUGACCGUGGUACUAAAUAGAAUGCAACAGCUGGAGUCACCAGUCCACUGCAUGACAGACCACCCUGGCCUUCAUCCAGUGUGUUUGAGCAUUUAUGCUUUACAAAAUGCCCUCAACUUGUACCAACGGGAUUUCGGGGACAUACCAAUUAGAGGUUAUGGGAACCGUUGUAGAUUCCUGGCGUAUCGUUUUUUUGUUAGCUGGUGCUGGGGGUAUCUGGGCCGGACAGUUCGAGUAGUGAUCCCCUCCUGUGUCGUCCAGCGUGUCCGGCGAGAGUUCCCUGAUGGGACGGGGCAAUAUGUUGGGUUCAGGCCUCCACUCUGA